AUGGCUACGGUUGUAGGAUCAUCAGCAGCACUGCUGAAGCUGGAGAAGCUCCGCUCAGCCGGCCCCUUGGAAAAAUAUUCGAAUAUUCGUCACCACCUUGGAUAUUACUACAAUGUCGCAGUUUCUGCAGUAUACAAAAUCCCACAUAGCCUCAGCCGGCCGCUGCGGGAGUAUGUCUAUCAGGCCACAGAACAACUCAUUGGAAAGCACCCUAUCCUCUCCGCGGUCCCUGUAGGGGAAGAUACCAAUGACCCGUAUUUUGUCCGUCUUCCAGCAGUCGACUUGGAACAGUCGAUUUUCUUUCACGAUUGGAGCGAUGCAUCUCCCGGCAGCACUGACAAGUGUGACCAGGAGGGAAAUGUCGGAUCAGGUGAUUCCAACCUUGAUUUAUUCUUAGAGACUGAGCAUAAUACUCCCUUUGUCAAUUGGUUGCCAUUUUGGAGACUUCACAUUAUCUCCACAUCUACUACCGAGCAGGACUUCAUCUCUGUGUUCGUUUACCAUCAUUCCAUUGGAGAUGGAUCGUCAGGCACGGCAUUCCAUUCGACAUUCCUUGGGGCCUUUACUGAUGCUUUGGCUGUAAAUUCUGGUGAACCGAAAACCAUUAUUCAGUCUCCGAGUCUGCCACUUCUCCCAAGCCUUGAAUCCAUUCACCCGUUUCCAGUCUCUAUUUUUUAUAUUCUAAAAGCAAUUUUUUACACCAAAAUUUGGAAUCGCCCAGAUCCUGAACUAUGGGCAGGUGGGAAAAUAAGUCUGCCUCUCAAAAACAAGGUGCAUCAUAUAACAUUAUCAAAGUCGGACAGCGCGGCUUUGAGAAAAUCUUGUCGAGAUCAAGGCACCACGAUAACUGGGGCAAUUCAAACCCUAUUGGCAAGGGCAUUAUUUAUCUGCCUUCCAAUCGAGUUUACGAAACUCUCUUGUACCAGCGCAAUUUCCAUUCGACGCUGGCUUUCCAGCGAUAUUAUUACAAGCGACUCAAUAGGCGUCUGGGUGAUGGAUUAUGCGGACCUUUAUAAACGCAAUCAUGUCGCCCAACCUCCUUCAUUUCCCUGGGACGAAGCACGCCGUUCAAGAAAGACAAUCGAAGAGACCCUUCGCCGGCGAGGCAGGGAUACUAAAGUCGGACUCCUGAGAUUUGUCCGAGACGUUCCUGGAGAACUACUCACUUGUAUGAUUGGAAGGGAGAGGAGCGUUAGUUUUGAAAUAUCCAAUCUUGGUGUUUUUAAACCUAGCGUAAAAUACUUGCAGGCCUCACAGACUACCGACACCGUACCCGAGAUCAAUGAGAACGACCGCUCGAACGUGCCACAGAUUGGCAAGGUGGUGUUCAGCCAAAGCGCAAGCGUCACGGGCAGUGCAGUGAAUCUUUCAGUUGUUACUGGCAGUGAUGAGCGCAUGGUGCUUACAUUUUCCUGGCAGGACGGCAUUGUGGAUCCACAAUUGGUGGCCUCUGUGGCCAUGGAAAUGAAAAGGGAGAUAGAUUUGCUGAUCUCCCAGCAGGAAAAGGACAAUCCAACAGCUGCCUAG